AAGUCACAAGACCGCGCGAGCUGAUCUGUGUGCGGCUCGAGCGAGGCUACAAAGCAGCUGCUCACAUCCUCACUAACGUCUUCAAAGGCUCCAACGAGCAACACCAUGGCGGCGGGGAACGGUCCAAGGCGGCACUUCGGCAAAGAUUGCCUGUGAUUCUCUUCUAAUUGACGUGGCGGAAGGAGAGCGCCACAAAGUCGAACUCAUCUCCGCGUGCGCUUUUCAUCUGCAGCCUCCCCGUCCGAGCAAGUCAACAUUUGAGAGCCGACGUCGGAGCUAAGCUAGCGCCGCCGCUAGCUAGGACGCCUCCAACCGGGAGGUUUCGGCUGGUUGACUGGGGGAAUGUUGUCCGUGCUUUCGUACGGUCGACUGGUCGCCAGAGCUGUCAUCGGCGGGCUCUCUCAGACGGACGGCCGAGACUACAGCCUGGUGACGGCGAGCUGCGGUUUCGGCAAGGAUUUUCGUAAAGGCAUCCUGAAGAAAGGGAUGUGCUAUGGGGACGACGCUUGCUUCAUCGCCCGACACAAAUGUGCCGAUGUUUUGGGUGUGGCAGAUGGAGUAGGAGGCUGGCGGGACUAUGGCGUGGACCCAUCCCAAUUUUCUGGCACGCUGAUGAAGACUUGCGAGCGCCUGGUGAAGGAGGGACGCUUCGUUCCCAGCAACCCCGUUGGCAUCCUCACCGCUAGCUAUUACGAGCUCCUGCAGAACAAAGUGCCACUGCUGGGCAGUAGCACAGCCUGCAUUGUGGUGUUGGACCGCCAGAGUCACCAGCUGCACACAGCCAAUUUGGGGGACUCUGGCUUCCUGGUGGUCCGCGGGGGCGAGGUGGUACACCGUUCCGAUGAGCAGCAGCAUUACUUCAACACACCCUUUCAACUUUCAAUUGCGCCCCCCGAGGCCGAGGGGGCCGUCCUCAGUGACAGCCCAGACGCUGCCGACAGCUCUUCUUUUGACGUCCAGCUGGGUGAUAUCAUCCUCACCGCCACUGAUGGCUUGUUUGACAACAUGCCAGACUACAUGAUCCUUCAGGAACUGAAGAAACUCAAGAGCGCCAACUAUGAGAGCAUUCAGAACACUGCUCGCAGUAUUGCAGAGCAGGCCCAUGACUUGGCCUAUGACCCCAACUACAUGUCACCUUUUGCUCAGUUUGCAUGUGACAAUGGACUCAAUGUUCGAGGAGGGAAGCCUGAUGACAUCACAGUGCUGUUGUCCAUAGUAGCAGAAUAUACUGACUAGGGUCAGGACUGUGGCUGGAUGGACUGCUCUGACUCCUGCUGGACAGGAUGAAGGACUGAGGAUGACAUCAGAUGUUUUUUUUUCCUUGCCAGCAUGCCGCAGUUGUACUUCACCCCAAACCUCAGAUGACCAGGUGGAUGUAAAAGCAGCAAGAAGCCCUAAAAAGCAAUGGAUAGUGCUCCCUGGGUAAUCGGCGUACCUUGGAUGGAAGCGGUUGUAUGAUGAAGCUUCUUUCAGACAGGACAUCUGCCCUCAGAUGAGUUGUUAGGAGUCUUGUAAAGGUUAGAGCAGCUAGAAGGGAAGUAUACACUUCACCUCUUUUGUGGCGAAAAGAGCUUACGCAGGAUGUGUCACCCUUGUGGCUGGAUAAAUGAAGAAGUUAGGUUAUGUUUUUUUAACAGUGGUUAUUGGUAAAUUUUGUAUAUGGAUGCUGGGAGAUUUUUUAUAUGUUGUAUGUUAAAAAAAAUACAAACCUUGCCCUCAAGUUAAAUCAAUCUGAUUUCAUGAAGAAGCAGCUGCCUUCACAUCCGUAUAUAACUUUUAAUACCACGAGGCUCAUACACGAUAUAUUCCAUCAAACAGAUGGCCUCCCUUUAAUCUCACUGCUGCUGUGAUUGUGACGUGUUUGUGUGUUUCAUGAGGAAUUGUGACAAAUGUGUAUGAAAUGGAAGCCAAGGCUGAAGGCGCCGUACGGGCGAAAACUGUGUCGCGGCUUAACACGCACAAAGCUGAAGAAGCAAAUGGGAAAGCGCAAGUUUAUUUUUCUACUUUGUUGAAGCAGUUAGUUGACUUUAAUCGAACUUAAAACAUCACAGUCGGCAUUUCCUACUUGUUCCUGUGGCGGCAAAGUUGCUGUUAUAUUUUACAUUUUUACUUAUUUUGCAUUAUGAAUUUACUGCACUUUUGGUCAAUUUCUGUGUAGUGCGUUAAUGACGUGCCUUGUAUCAGAUGAUGAUGAUACUGGCAGAUACAAGCCUCAAGUUGCGAUUAGCCAUGAGUCAAAUGUUUUUUUGAUCACAUCAUUUUAAAUUCAACUUUCCUUAGUUCAAGUCAGUCAGAAGCAAUGAGGAAUAGUAAUAAAGCCAUCAAAUAAGAUUACAGUUUACAAGAUUGCACUAAAAGACUGUCUCCUUAUUACGGAAGACAAAAGGGAGAUUGAGGUAAAGCAAUGAAUGCUACAUUUAAGCAUUCUAGCGUGUCUAAGGGCAAUCUUAGUAGCCUUACCAUGAUCAAGCAAUUUUUUUUUUUUUUUUUUUUUUGGGAAGAUGCGGCUACUGUGAACUUUUUUUGUGCCCAGAACGUAAUUUCCCUCCUCCAAACAAACCGGAGCGUGUCUGUAUAUUUUUGGAUGUACGUACACAUCAAUGCAGAUCUGCUGUAUGCUAUUUAAAUAAAGAUGAUAGUAUUUAUUAAAUAUUCUCUUGUAAGAUGACUGAUGUGAUUCCACAUACACUCUGAACUUGAACAGUUCAUUUUACUGUUAAAUGAUGCAAUAAAUAAUCUUAAGUUAAUGAAUAAAUCCUUUUACGAAUUCAAAUGGGAUGAAUUAAUUAUCAAGGCUGUUAAUAAUGUGCCAUAAAAAAAAUAUUAAAUGUUAAUACUUAUUGGGAACAAUUUUCAGUUUUGGGAACUUGAGAGUCCAGGAAUUCAUUCCAGGUCUUCGUCCAUCUCCAUUUCGCUCUCACAAACCAGAACCGAGGCAGCACAAUUCUCAUCUUGCUUUGACGGGGAAGCUUGAAACAGGAGGGAGCAGAUCUUUGGAAGCAAAAUGUAUGUUUCUUAAUGCAGAAUAGCAAAACAAGGACAAUUUCAGCUAUAAAAACUUUUUCCCCCACCACAAGUGUUCUAACAACUACACGCUUUACCACCUGUAUCAUAAAAUCCCAACCAAAUGACGUGUGCCAUCGGAAUGUCAGUUAAACUCAAAUUGACUAAUCUGUGACUAAUUGGGCUGUUUUAGAUGUGUCAUUCCAGAAUUAGAAUGGCAUGAAACAUGCCGUUAAUGAGUAAAUUUACAUCUUGUGAGCCCAAAUCCAAGGGCGUAGGUUUGCAUAGGUACGAUAGGGAUUUAACACUACCAGCUUUUCAGGAUACUCAAAUUGUCCCUACCAACUUUUAAGCAACCUUAUUUGCAUUAUAUAAUAAGUUGUUAUACUGUAUAGGUAAUUUAGAUUGUGUUCCCAUAUGUUGUAAGGAUAUAAUUGACCCUACCCUACUUGACCCUUAAGUGAAUUAAUUUUCAUUAUGUUCAGAUUUAUCCCUUUUUACUUGCUGAAUGUGCAGGUCCAAUUUUUCCCUCAAUUGCAUGUUUGUUUGGCUGAUGACUUGAAUUUACAGUAUUUAAAAUGUAUUUAUUUUCUAUAUUAUAUUUUUAAAACUAUGUUUAUCUGCAGCCUAUGCAGACAUUUUUUUUCAGAUACAGUCGAAGUAAAAGGUUUUCAUUUUUUGUUGCGUUUAGGCUCCAUUUUUGCUUAUUUAUUUUUUUGUUAUACUCUAAGAAUUUUUUUCAGCAAUAUUUAUUUCAGUGUUUUUCAACCUAUUCUCAGUCACAGCACGUUUUUAUAUUGGAAAAAAUCUCGCAGGACACCACAAACCAAAAAUGUUCCAAAUUACUUUCUGUACAGUACAUUUCAUUAUAAAAUAAUUUAUUAAUAUUUAUACUGACUCAGUGUGAAACUUGAGACAGGUUAGAUCAGGGGUCCCCAAACUUUUUCCUGUGAGGGCCACAUACUUUUCCCUUCUCUGAUGAGGGGCCGGGGUCAGUUUGUAACAGAAAAAGUGUGACGAUUGCACGAGGUCCUAAAUGUAAAAAAAGCCACAAUCAAAUAAGCCUUUCUGGAUUCUUCACGGAACAAAAGUAAAUAAAAUAAUAAUAAUAAUAUAAAAUAUAAUAUAACAUAAUAUAACACUUUUAAUUAAAUAGAUAAUAACAAAAUAAUCCUCUGGGUUCUUCACAGAAAAAGCCAAGAAAUAAAUAAUAUAAGUUUUUUAAAAAAUGUUCAGGGGGCUGGACCAAAUGUGGAGGCGGGCUGUGUCCGGCCCGCGGGCCGUAGUUUGGGGACCCCUGGUUUAGAUGAACACAAAGCCGAUAUCCUUGCACGAAUUGACUCACACGAAGCUCUUCUUCAACAGCUCUACGUCUGUUUAUUUUUUUUUCAUAGCAGCUGAGCUUGAAAAGCCCAAAAUUAUCAGACAAGGGGACUUUAGCAAUGUCUUUAGCCGCAUCAGGGCCGAGCAUCUCUCUGACAAUGGCUUUGCAAGCAGGUAAUAUUAAUGUCACCGCCAGCGCGGGACUAUUUAGCGAUUUAUUAAACAAGUUCAGCAAAGAGGUAACUGGCUUUGAUGUUUUUUUCUAAAAAAAAAAAAAGUUGCCCGUUUCUCUGUUUUCAUGAAGGUGACAAAAUAAUCCAUUGACUUGUUUUGAAGCGACUGGCGUUUCGUUGGGAGAUGAAGUUCAUGCUUGCUUGGCACCAUGGCGCUGUUGGAUAGCUGCUCGUUUUGCUUUCAAAAACUGCUCUGAUUUUAGCCACCUUGCUGUACUCGACAGCAUAUAUAAUUUGUGUUUAAAUAUUGCAAUUUAAAUUUGCUAAUAAAAUACAUUUAUUCUGGAAUUUCUCAAAAUGUUUCUUUAAUAGGUUUGAAUCGAACCACCUGAACCAAUACACAUGAAAGUUAGUAUAAGUCAAUACAGAUAUAUUUUGCAUAGGUCAUUUAGCCUAUCAAUUAAUUAGGUUCUAUUCGUGACAAAUGGAGCCCUGACCCCCAUUCAACCAAUCUGUUUGGUCUUAUUAAUGUCCCGGCCCCAGGAAAAACUGUACAUGCAGGCAAUGCUGUUAUAUCAUCCCAAAUCUAAAAACAAAAAUUAAGCAAAAGAAUGAGAUUUUUUUUUUUUUUUUAAAUACCCACAAAACAAGUCUGGAGUACCCCUUAAAAUUCUAUUUUUU